AUGUCCAUGCAGAAUACAAAAAUAAUUGACCAGAAGAAAUAUUUGAAAAAAUAUCUGUCUGGCGAUAAGGAGAAGAAGAAGAAAAAGAAGGAAAAAAAGGAAAAGAAAGCGCUAAAGAAGGUAAAAAUAAUUGACGACGACGCCUACGACGACAUCAAGGAGGAAGUUGAUGAGGAUCUGCUGUUGGGUGGCGAAGAUGCACCACAAAUCGUUGGCGAAUACAUUGAGCACGAUCUUAACAUCAGAAGCAAGUGGCGCAACAUAGCCGUAAAAGAUGAGCCACAGGAAGAUGAGCUGCGCGUUAAGUCGGAGGCGAAAGAUGACGCCGAUUUGUGGGGUAAGGCUGAUCGCACCAAAAUUAAAGACGAAUUCUCGCCCAGCAGUAAUCGACGGUUACGCACAUCAAAUAAUUCACCACCCAGAACAACCAGGAGUGAUUCCAGCCUUCCCGUAAUAAAAAUUAAGGAGGAGAAACGAAGCACUUCUCGCGAGGCAAGUCCUGAGCGUGAUCUGUCACCGCCCCGUCGAAGAAGAGGUUCGGACUUAAGUCCACCAAGGCGCAAGCAGGAACCCGAUUCCGACCUGUCCCCGCCUCGCAAACGCCGCGAUUCAGAUUUAAGUCCACCAAGACGACGACGUGAGCGAAAUGCAGAUCAAUCUCCGCCUCGCAGAAGCCCCGCACGUAAACACCGGAAAGAAACGUCCCCCAGACGACACAAAUUUCGCAGCCGAAGCCCAAGAGAACGGGAUCAGAGUCCACGACGCAAACCACGACGUAGCGACUCCGCCAAUCGAUCUCCGCCACAUCGCAGACGCAGUCGCGAUCGCAGACAGGACCACUCUCCCGCACGACGCAUAAAAAAAGAGGAACCAUCACAAGCACGCAGGAGCCGCUGGGCCAGUAGAAGCCUUUCUCCACCGCCCACCCAUAAGCCAAAGAUUGAGCGCACGCUGGACGGCAAGAAGGCCGGACUGCAGAAUGCCCAAUCCCUUAAAGCCGAAACGGAUGAGCGUCGCCGUCAGGAGCAUCGUUUGUUUGAGCAAAUGUCCAGCGAGGUGUCUGGUCGCGAUGCCGAGGUGCAAAUGCGCAGCACUGGGCGACGCGGCAAGCGCGCACGCGAUGCAGCUGCUGAAGAUCCUGCCGAGCGUCGUCGCAAGGAGGAGCACGAGCAAAAGAAGAAAGAACUAUACGACCGCUGGGGCAAGGGAGUGAAGCAGGUGGAGGAUCAGAAAGCACGCAAUGCCGAGUUUCUGCACGAAGCGUCGAAGCCGGUAGCCCGCUAUGCCAAUGACGAGGACUUGGAGCAACAUCUGCGCGCACGGGAGCAUGCGGAUGAUCCCAUGCUGGAAUAUAUGCGUGAGAAGCGCAAAAAGCAGGAGAAGCAAUCAAACAAACCCACAAUGCCGGUAUAUGAAGGCAGUUAUCCGGAAAAUCGCUUCGGCAUACGGCCUGGCUAUCGUUGGGAUGGUGUGGAUCGCUCCAAUGGAUACGAGCAGCGCUGGUUUGACAAGCAGAAUGCCAAACGGGCGGCACAGGAUGAGGCCUACAAGUACAGCGUGGAGGAUAUGUAGGGGAUUAGCUACAAAUUUUACACUACUGUUUUCUACAAAUGUUUUUAAGAAAUAAUUCUCAGCGCUAAUUGUAAUUUACUGCCUUAUGCUGUAAGUCCUACAAACUAAAUGAUGUAAAGAAAAAUUUUUUGUUUCUUGGUUUCAAUAAAAUUAAACAAUGUAUA